AUGGGCGUGCAGGGCUUCCAGGAGUAUCUGGAGAAACGGUGUCCCGGGGCUGCGGUCCCCGUGGACCUCCUCAAACUAGGCCGUACUGUGGGACGCCAGCACCCGCACCAUCACCCCGGCCCUCUGCCCCCUCCACCUCCGGCCCGGAUACUCAUCGAUGCUGACUCCGGCCUGCAGCGGCUGUACGGCGGUUACCAGACGGACUGGGUGUGCGGCGGGGAGUGGAACGCCAUGCUGGGAUACCUGGCCGCUCUGUCCCAGGCCUGUCUGUACCAGGGUGGGCUAGAGCUGGUCGUGGUGUUCAACGGGACCCUGGGGAAGGAGCGGUGGCCGGAGUGGGCGCGCCGGGCCCAGGGGCAACGCCAGACGGCCCAGCUCAUCGUUAACCAUGUCGGCAGUAAGGCCACCCCGCCUCCCCGCGCCUGGUUCCUGCCCCCGGCCUGCCUCAGUCACUGUGUCCGCCUCGCCAUGUUCCGCUUCAGAGUGCGGGUGAGUAACGAGCAGUAGCUGGCUAGCUAAGAAUGAUGAUGAUAUAGCAGGCAAACACUAAACAAGACUCUGGUUUCAGGACUGAUAAUGACGAGGACAGUGCUUGAAUCGGGCUAACCCCCUCCUGGUGCCAACUUACUUGAUGAGCGACUCAGAGGUGAUGGGGAGAGAUAGCUAGUGUCUGCUAUCUCUAUGGCUUUAGUCGUUAUCUAUCAAAUGUAGUGAUUUAAGACGGAACAGUCAAGAGGCAGUGCUUGAACCAGCGAAUGUGGUAGUUAGAGGCAGGGCUCUACAGGUGACGUUUUUUACAAGGAGCAAAUCAAAUCAAAGCAAAUUUUAUUGGUCACAUGCGCCGAAUACAACAGGUGCAGACAUUACAGUGAAAUGCUUACUUACAGCCCUUAACCAACAGUGCAUUUAUUUUUAACAAAAAAAGUAAAAAUAAAACAACAACAAAUUAAGUGUUGAGAAAAAAAAGAGCAGAAGUAAAAUAAAAUAACAGUAGGGCGGCUAUAUAUACAGGGGGGUACCGGUGCGGGGGCGUAAUAUGUACAUGUGGGUAGAGUUAAAGUGACUAUGCAUAAAUAAUUAACAGAGUAGCAGCAGCGUAAAAGGAUGGGGUGGGGGGGCAGUGCAAAUAGUCCGGGUAGCCAUGAUUAGCUGUUCAGGAGUCUUAUGGCUUGGGGGUAGAAGCUGUUGAGAAGUCUUUUGGACCUAGACUUGGCACGCCGGUACCGCUUGCCGUGCGGUAGCAGAGAGAACAGUCUAUGACUAGGGUGGCUGGAGUCUUUGACAAUUUUGAGGGCCUUCCUCUGACACCGCCUGGUAUAGAGGUCCUGGAUGGCAGGAAGCUUGGCCCCAGUGAUGUACUGGGCCGUACGCACUACCCUCUGUAGUGCCUUGCGGUCGGAGGCCAAGCAGUUGCCAUACCAGGCGGUGAUGCAACCAGUCAGGAUGCCCUCGAUGGUGCAGCUGUAGAAUUUUUGGAGGAUCUGAGGACCCAUGCCAAAUCUUUUCAGUCUCCUGAGGGGGAAUAGGCUUUGUCGUGCCCUCUUCACGACUGUCUUGGUGUGUUUGGACCAUGAUAGUUCGUUGGUGAUGUGGACACCAAGGAACUUGAAGCUCUCAACCUGUUCCACUACAGCCCCGUCGAUGAGAAUGGGGGCGUGCUCAGUCCUCUUUUUUUUCCUGUAGUCCACAAUCAUCUCCUUUGUCUUGGUCACGUUGAGGGAGAGGUUGUUGUCCUGGCACCACACGGCCAGGUCUCUGACCUCCCCCCUAUAGGCUGUCUCAUCGUUGUCGGUGAUCAGGCCUACCACUGUUGUGUCGUCGGCAAACUUCAUGAUGGUGUUGGAGUCGUGCCUGGCCAUGCAGUCAUGGGUGAACAGAGAGUACAGGAGGGGACUGAGCACGCACCCCUGAGGGGCCCCCCUGUUGAGGAUCAGUGUGGCAGAUGUGUUGUAUGCAAAUUGGAGUGGGUCUAGGGUUUCUGGGAUAAUGCUGUUGAUGUGAGCCAUGACCAGCCUUUCAAAGCACUUCAUGGCUACAGACGUCAGUGCUACGGGUCGGUAGUCAUUUAGGCAGGUUAUCUUAGAGUCCUUGGGCACAGGGACUAUAGUGGUCUGCUUGAAACAUGUUGGUAUUACAGACUCAGUCAGGGACAUGUUGAAAAUGUCAGUGAAGACACUUGCCAGUUGGUCAGCACAUGCUCGGAGUACACGUCCUGGUAAUCCGUCUGGCCCUGCGGCCUUGUGAAUGUUGACCUGCUUAAAAGUCUUACUCACAUCGGCUACGGAGAGCGUGAUCACAUAGUCAUCCGGAACAGCUGGUGCUCUCAUGCAUGCUUCAGUGUUGCUUGCCUCGAAGCGAGCAUAGAAGUGGUUUAGCUCGUCUGGUAGGCUUGUGUCACUGGGCAGCUCGCGGCUGUGCUUCCCUCUGUAGUCUGCAAUAGUUUUCAAGCCCUGCCACAUCCGACGAGCAUCAGAGCCGGUGUAGUACGAUUCAAUCUUAGUCCUGUAUUGACUCUUUGCCUGUUUGAUGGUUCGUCGGAGGGCAUAGCGGGAUUUCUUAUAAGCGUCCGGGUUAGAGUCCCACUCCUUGAAAGCGGCAGCUCUACCCUUUAGCUCAGUGUGGAUGUUGCCUGUAAUCCAUGGCUUCUGGUUGGGGUAUGUACGUACGGUCACUGUGGGGACGACGUCAUCGAUGCACUUAUUGAUGAAGCCAGUGACUGAUGUGGUGUACUCCUCAAUGCUAUCGGAAGAAUCCCAGAACAUAUUCCAGUCUGUGCUAGCAAAACAGUCCUGUAGCUUAGCAUCUGCGUCAUCUGACCACUUUUUUAUUAACCGAGUCACUGGUGCUUCCUGCUUUAGUUUUUGCUUAUAAGCAGGAAUCAGGAGGAUAGAGUUAUGGUCAGAUUUGCCAAAUGGAGGGCGAGGGAGAGCUUUGUACGCGUCUCUGUGUGUGGAGUAAAGGUGGUCUAGAGUUUUUUUUUUUCCCUCUGUUUGCACAUUUAACAUGCUGGUAGAAAUUAGGUAGAACGGAUUUAAGUUUCCCUGCAUUAAAGUCCCCGGCCACUAGGAGCGCUGCAUCUGGAUGAGCGUUUUCCUGUUGAUUUAUGGCCUUGUACAACUCAUUCAGUGCAAUCUUAAUGCCAGCAUUGGUUUGUGGUGGUAAAUAGACAGCUAUGAAAAAUAUAGAUGAAAACUCUCUUGGUAAAUAGUGUGGUCUACAGCUUAUCAUAAGAUACUCUACCUCAAGCGAGCAAAACCUCGAGACUUCCUUAGUAUUUGAUUUUGUGCACCAGCUGUUGUUUACAAAUAUACACAGACCGCCACCCCUUGUCUUACCGGAGUCAGCCGUUGUAUCCUGCCGAUGUAGCGUAUAGCCCGCUAGCUGUAUGUUAUCCAUCUCGUCGUUCAGCCACGACUCGGUGAAACAUAAGAUAUUACAGUUUUUUAUGUCCCGUUGGUAGGAUAACCGUAAUCUUAGGUCAUCCAAUUUGUUAUCCAAUGAUUGAAGAUUGGCUAAUAGGAUUGAUGGGAGAGGCAGUUUACUCGCUCGCCGUCGGAUCCUUACAAGGCACCCCGACCUACGUCCACGAUAUCUCCGUCUCUUCCUCACGCGAAUGACGGGGAUUUGGGCCUUGUCGAGUGUCUGUAUGAUAUACUACGCGGCCGCCUCGUUGAAGAAAAAAUCUUCGUCCAAUACGAGGUGAGUAAUCGCUGUCCUGAUAUCCAGAAGCUCUUUUUGGUUAUAAGAAACGAUGGCAGAAACAUUAUGUACAGAAUAAAUUACAAAUAACGCGGAAAAACACACAUAAUAGUACAAAUGGUUAGAGGGCUGUAAAACGGCAGCCAUCUUCUCCGGCGCUGUUCAAUGUUGUUAUGUAGGAUGUAGGACCACAAUGACAAAUAUUUGAGGUAUUAAUGAAAAUAAUUGCCAGUAAUUACAAAAUAUAGGUUUUAAGAAUACAAACAAAAUAUAUUUUUAAGAUUGAGAUAUAGCCUACAUUGGGCCAAUAUCAAUCCAAGCUCCUUUUGAAGCCCGUCUCCUUUUGAAGCCCGUCUCCUUUUGAAGCCCGUCUCCUUUUGAAGCCCGUCUCCUUUUGAAGCCCGUCUCCUUUUGAAGCCCGUCUCCUGAAGAAGCCCGUCUCCUGAAGAAGCCCGUCUCCUUUUGAAGCCCGUCUCCUUUUGAAGCCCGUCUCCUGAAGAAGCCCGUCCCCUGAAGAAGCCCGUCCCCUGAAGAAGCCCGUCCCCUGAAGAAGCCCGUCUCCUGAAGAAGCCCGUCCCCUGAAGAAGCCCGUCCCCUGAAGAAGCCCGUCUCCUGAAGAAGCCCGUCUCCUGAAGAAGCCCGUCCCCUGAAGAAGCCCGUCCCCUGAAGAAGCCCGUCCCCUGAAGAAGCCCGUCCCCUGAAGAAGCCCGUCUCCUGAAGAAGCUCUGUUUUUCACCAUGUUUGCAUACUACUGAGGCUGAGGGACAGGGAAGAAAUCAUUACAAUAAUUAUUACCUGGGUGUUUAUAGGGGCACUGGUGCUCCCAAAUAAAUUAGGUAGCAAGAUAUUUAAGAGCGUAUGCCCCCAAAAUGGUAACAACGACGAGCCCUGACAGGGUGAGUUCAGUGAUGCAGCGAGGCUAAUGUUAAACUGUUAUAUCGGUUGAAUGUUGGCAGUGGACUGACCUCUGGAUGAACUACUACUAGACUGAAGACUGACUGACCUUUGGAUUAACUACUACUGUCAUUAUGUCACAUGGCAGCUAGUGGCCAUCUAUUUCUGCCCUACAUAGCCCUGGUCAAAUGUAGUGCACAGGGAGGGGAAAAAGGAUUUGAUCCCCUGGUGAUUUUGUACGUUUGCCCACUGACAAAGAAAUGAUCAGUCUAUAAUUUUAAUGGUAGGUUUAUUUGAACAGUGAGAGACAGAAUAACAACAAAAAAAUCCAGAAAAACGCAUGUCAAAAAUGUUAUAAAUUGAUUUGCAUUUUAAUGAGGGAAAUAAGUAUUUGACCCCCUCUCAAUCAGAAAGAUUUCUAACUCCCAGGUGACUUUUCUACAGGUAACGAGCUGAGAUUAGGAGCACACUCUUAAAGGGAGUGCUCCUAAUCUCAGCUUGUUACCUGUAUAAAAGACACCUGUCCACAGAAGCAAUCAAUCAGAUUCCAAACUCUCCGCCAUGGCCAAGACCCAAAGAGCUCUCCAAGGAUGUCAGGGACAAGAUUGUAGACCUACACAAGGCUGGAAUGGGCUACAAGACCAUCGCCAAGCAGCUUGGUGAGAAGGUGACAACAGUUGGUGCGAUUAUUCGCAAAUGGAAGAAACACAAAAUAACUGUCAAUCUCCCUCGGCCUGGGGGUUUAUGCAAGAUCUCACCUCGUGGAGUUGCAAUGAUCAUGAGAACGGUGAGGAAUCAGCUCAGAACUACACGGGAGGAUCUUGUCAAUGAUCUCAAAGCAGCUGGGACCAUAGUCACCAAGAAAACAAUUGGUAACACUACGCCGUGAAGGACUGAAAUCCUGCAGCGGUCCCCCUGCUCAAGAAAGCACAUAUACAGGCCCGUCUGAAGUUUGCCAAUGAACAACUGAAUGAUUCAGAGGAGAACUGGGUGAAAGUGUUGUGGUCAGAUGAGACCAAAAUCGAGCUCUUUGGCAUCAACUUAACUCGCCGUGUUUGGAGGAGGAGGAAUGCUGCCUAUGACCCCAAGAACACCAUCCCCACCGUCAAACAUGGAGGUGUUUUUCUGCUAAGGGGACAGGACAACUUCACCGCAUCAAAGGGACGAUGGACGGGGCCAUGUACCGUCAAAUCUUGGUGAGAACCUCCUUCCCUCAGCCAGGGCAUUGAAAAUGGGUUGUGGAUGGGUAUUCCAGCAUGACAAUGACCCAAAACACACGGCCAAGGCAACAAAGGAGUGGCUCAAGAAGAAGCACAUUAAGGUCCUGGAGUGGCCUAGCCAGUCUCCAGACCUUAAUCCCAUAGAAAAUCUGUGGAGGGAGCUGAAGGUUCGAGUUGCCAAACGUCAGCCCUGAAACCUUAAUGACUUGGAGAAGAUCUGCAAAGAGGAGUGGGACAAAAUCCCUCCUGAGAUGUGUGCAAACCUGGUGGCCAACUACAAGAAACGUCUGACAUCUGUGAUUGCCAACAAGGGUUUUGCCCAAAACAAGUCAUGUUUUGCAGAGGGGUCAAAUACUUAUUUCCCUCAUUAAAAUGCAAAAUCAAUUUAUAACAUUUUUGACAUGCGUUUUUCUGGAUUUUUUUGUUGUUAUUCUGUCUCUCACUGUUCAAAUAACCAACCAUUAAAAUUAUAGACUGAUCAUGUCUUUGUCAGUGGGCAAACGUACAAAAUCAGCAGGGGAUCAAAUACUUUAUUCCCUCACUGUACAUGGAAUCUGCCCUGGUCAAAAGUAGUGCACUAUACAGUGGGGGAAAAAGUAUUUAAUCAGCCACCAAUUGUGCAAGUUCUCCCACUUAAAAAGAUGAGAGAGGCCUGUAAUUUUCAUCAUAGGUACACGUCAACUAUGACAGACAAUUUGAGAGAAAGAUAUUCCAGAAAAUCACAUUGUAGGAUUUUUUAUGAAUUUAUUUGCAAAUUAUGGUGGAAAAUAAGUAUUUGGUCACCUACAAACAAGCAAGAUUUCUGGCUCUCACAGACUUGUAACUUCUUCUUUAAGGGGCUCCUCUGUCCUCCACUCGUUACCUGUAAUAAUGGCACCUGUUUGAACUUGUUAUCAGUAUAAAAGACACCUGUCCACAACCUCAAACAGUCACACUCCAAACUCCACUAUGGCCAAGACCAAAGAGCUCUCAAAGGACACCAGAAACAAAAUUGUAGACCUGCACCAGGCUGGGAAGACUGAAUCUGCAAUAGGUAAGCAGCUUGGUUUGAAGAAAUCAACUGUGGGAGCAAUUAUUAGGAAAUGGAAGACAUACAAGACCACUGAUAAUCUCCCUCGAUCUGGGGCUCCACGCAAGAUCUCACCCCGUGGGGUCAAAAUGAUCACAAGAACGGUGAGCAAAAAUCCCAGAACCACACGGGCAGACCUAGUGAAUGACCUGCAGAGAGCUGGGACCAAAGUAACAAAGCCUACCAUCAGUAACACACUAUGCCGCCAGGGACUCAAAUCCUGCAGUGCCAGACGUGUCCCCCUGCUUAAGCCAGUACAUGUCCAGGCCCGGUCUGAAGUUUGCUAGAGUGCAUUUGGAUGAUCCAGAAGAGGAUUGGGAGAAUGUCAGAUGAAACCAAAAUAUAACUUUUUGGUAAAAACUCAACUCGUCGUGUUUGGAGGACAAAGAAUGCUGAGUUGCAUCCAAAGAACACCAUACCUACUGUGAAGCAUGGGGGUGGAAACAUCAUGCUUUGGGGCUGUUUUUCUGCAAAGGGACCAGGACGACUGAUCCGUGUAAAGGAAAGAAUGAAUGGGGCCAUGUAUCGUGAGAUUUUGAGUGAAAACCUCCUUCCAUCAGCAAGGGCAUUGAAGAUGAAACGUGGCUGGGUCUUUCAGCAUGACAAUGAUCCCAAACACACCGCCCGGGCAACGAAGGAGUGGCUUCGUAAGAAGCAUUUCAAGGUCCUGGAGUGGCCUAGCCAGUCUCCAGAUCUCAACCCCAUAGAAAAUCUUUGGAGGGAGUUGAAAGUCUGUUUCCCAGCGACAGCCCCAAAACAUCACUGCUCUAGAGGAGAUCUGCAUGGAGGAAUGGGCCAAAAUACCAGCAACAGUGUGUGAAAACCUUGUGAAGACUUACAGAAAACGUUUGACCUGUGUCAUUGCCAACAAAAGUUAUAUAACAAAGUAUUGAGAAACUUUUGUUAUUGACCAAAUACUUAUUUUCCACCAUAAUUUGCAAAUAAAUUCAUAAAAAAUCCUACAAUGUGAUUUUCUGGAUUUUUUUCUCAUUUUGUCUGUCAUAGUUGAUGUGUACCUAUGAUGAAAAUUACAGGCCUCAUCUUUUUAAGUGGGAGAACUUGCACAAUUGGUGCAAAUUAAUUACUUAAAAAUCAUACAAUGUGAUUUUCUGGAUUUUUGUUUUAGAUUCCGUCUCUCACAGUUGAAGUGUACCAAUGAUAAAAAUUACAGACCUCUACAUGCUUUGUAAGUAGGAAAACCUGCAAAAUCGGCAGUGUAUCUAAUACUUGUUCUCCCCACUGUGUGUGUGUGUGUAUAUAUAUAUAUAUAUAUAUAUAUAUAUAUAUAUAUAUAUAUAUAUAUACUUUUUUUUUGUUGGUAUUCUUAACUGCAUUGUUGGUUAAGGGCUUGUAAGUAAGCAUUUCAUUAAGGUCUACACCUGUUGUAUUCGGCGCAUGUGACAAAUAAGAUUUGAUUUUAGACCUACGCUACAUCUUAAUUUACCCAGUUUCAGAGAUUUACCGUUCAAAUAAAUGAUAACCUUUGUAGUUAGAUUGGUAAAAACAAAGUCACAUUUAUUGUAUAAUUGAUUCAUUAAUGACUGUCUCUAGAAGAUAUUAAUAAUGUUCAAAAGUAAUGAUAUUGAACUCAAAAGAUGCCCAAUGAUUGAACAGAGCAGUAGCUGAGUUUCUGUCUGGAUCAAGUGGCAUUCUGGGACUUUGGUUAAAUGCCUUCUUUUUUUGGCUGUGGUAUCGUUUUGGUAUGGAGUAUCAUGAUGGAAUCGAGUAUUGUGAUACUCGACCUGGGAUCGAAGUCAGAAUUCUGGGAUGGUGAUAACACUACUAGGUAGUGGAGAGAAUCCCAGGAUAUCAACAUAUUUGGGCUUGGUCGGGUUCAUACAUAAUACUGUUCUUGCUGGAGUGGUCUGCCAGUCUUCAACCCUCUCACUUCAACACAGGGACGAGAGGCUGGUUUUUGGUCACACACACCUGGAACUAAGCUUUUAACAUUUUAAUAGGCCUAUUUGACCAGAUAUACAUGCAUGAUAACCCCUAUUCCGCCUGUUGCUAAGGGUAACUGCCUGGUUGUUAAACGUCACCACAUGGUCAGAUGAGGAUUGGGUGGGGCCUGUUAUGUUAAUGAGUGCUGGGAGGUAAACUACUGUUGUACUGUAUCUUCUAUACCACGUCAAUGUUUGGGCCUAGUUGCCUUUCUACAGGGUUAGUCAGGGUGAGGGGUUAAGGUGUGUAAUAUUCAUAUUAUAUUCUAUUAUUCAGGUUGUUCAGACGUUGGAGGACCACCACCAGGAGGUGCUGUCUCUCUACAGGGACUUUGGUUUCUGCGGCCUGAUCGCCCAGGACUCAGAGUUUGCCCUCUGCAACGUGCCCGCCUACUUCUCCUCGCACGCGCUCAAACUGUCCUGGAACGGCAAGAACCUGACCACCCACCAGUACCUGCUCUCUGAAGCUGCCAGACAGCUGGGUCUGAAGACACAACACCUGCCCUGCUUCGCUGCUCUGCUGGGUAGGUACCUAAUUAACCUAAACGUGAAGGGUCUGAAGACACAACACCUGCCCUGCUUCGCUGCUCUGCUGGGUAGGUGCAGUGCCUUCAGAAAGUACUCAUACCCAUUGUCUUGUUCCACAUUUUGUGUUAAAGCCUGAAUUCCAAAUGGAUGAAAUAUAUUUUUUCUCUCUCACCGAUCUACACACAAUACCCCAUAAUAACAAAGUUAAAACAUGUUUUUAGAAAUGUUUGCACAUUUAUUGAAAAUGAAAUACAGAAAUAUCUUAUUUCCAUAAGUAUCCACACCCCUGAGUCAACCCUUUGGCAAAUAAAAGAUCCCAGAGAUGUUCAAUUACGCACAAAAAGCUUAUUUCUGUCAAAUGUUGUUUACAAAUUUGUUUACAUCCCUGUUAGUGAGCAUUUAUCCUUUGCCAAGGUAAUCCAUCCACCUGACAGGUGUGGCAUAUCAAGAAGCUGAUUAAACAGCAUGAUCAGUACACUGGUGCACCUUGUGCUGGGGACAAGAAAAGGCCACUCUAAAAUGUGCAGUUUUGUCAUAUAACACAAUGCCACACGUCUCAAGUUUUGAGGGAGCGUGCAAUUGGCAUGCUGACUGCUGGAAUGUCCACCAGAGCUGUUACCAGAGAAUUGAAUGUUCAUUUCUCUACCAUAACCGCCUCCAACGUAAUUUUUGAGAAUUUGGCAGUACAUCCAACCGGCCUCACAACCGCAGCCAUCGUGUAAUCUAUGAACGUUUGAACAUCUUGAAGAACAGUCUGGCCUUAAUGGUCAUGCACUCUUAUAAUCACCACCCAGCACAGCCAGAAGAUGACUGGUCACCCCUCAGAGCCUGGUUCCUCUCUAGGUUCCUGCCUUUCGAGGUGCAUCGGACCUACUGUUACCCAACAUUAGGAAGCUAGCUAAAUGCAUGAUGUCCACAAUAACAAAGCAGGUAGCUAGCAGCGAAUAAGCCUGUAUAGUCCAGUCAAAAACCAACUUGCACAUGUUUUGUGGUCCUCUGUAGCUCAGCUGGUAGAGCACGGCGCUUGUAACGCCAAGGUAGUGGGUUCGAUCCCCGGGACCACCCAUACACAAAAAUGUAUGCACGCAUGACUGUAAGUCGCUUUGGAUAAAAGCGUCUGCUAAAUGGCAUAUUAUUAUUAUUAUUAUUAUUAUUAUGUGUUUGUGUUCAUUCAGCGAGCAAGGUCUAGCUGUGUUAAACAUUACAGUCGUUCUGACAUGGACCGUCGGAUCGAACUGUGUUAGCUAGGGGUGUGAACGUUUAAACUAAGUUGAUCCUUCCAAACUAAGAAAUCCAUAACCGAAAUCCAUAUUUGUACUCCCCUCCGUGUUAUAGCCGAUAGGCUAGAAAAGCCUUGUGAAGUUGUGUAACAUGAAACCUCUGAUCAUAUGAACGGACAUUUUACUUCCCUGUAAAGGAAUGCUGCUUCUAAAGCAGGACUAAAGUCCAUCACUAGGCAACCAGAACUGUCAAUCAAAUAAUCUCGAGCUGCUGCCCGCAGCCACCCUCUCCUAAGAAAGUACUUUAAAGUUUGUUAAAUAGUGUGACAUUUAGUAGAAAUAAAACCCAUCUAGCUACCCUACCAUUAAACACCACAGUAGCACAUCAAUCAGCGACGUUUAUUGUUGUCAGGGAAACGAUACAGAACAUUUUACGCCAGAGCAGAAUUCUGUCUGAAAGGUGCAGCACUUUUUUUUUUUAUUGUCUGAAAAGUUAUCAAUUGUCGCUAUCGACAUGUUUCUGUAGCUGCGUUUUGUAAAGGGUUGCGGUAGAUGCGUUCUUUGCCCGGCCCUAGCCGUCAUACAUUAUUCUGUAAAUUGACGAGAAAUGUAAUUUUUUUUUCUUAGUUUUAACAGAAAACCGAUAAAACAAUGGCCAUUUUAAACAUUAAGCAGAAUUGUCAAUUUGUCACAUCCCUAGUGUUAGCCGACGUUAGCAAGCUAACUAGCUAACAGCAAAAAAGGUUAGAAAGCCAACUGCAUGGUAAUGCCCACAAUAGUCACUUUUGACUGUGAACACUAUGCAUAACACGGUAUUCAACAUGGUUUGCAGUGAGGGACUUCCAAUGUGCCAAACCUACGAGCAAGCUAGCUGAGCUAGAAACAGUUGGCUAGAAAAACAAUAAUUCAGUCAAUGCUAGCUAGCUCACUGUUCUGAAAGAGUUAGCUACAGACGUAGGAUUAACAGCUCACCCUGCACUACCAGCUCAAAUGUAAAUAUUGCUGUCAUGUCUACCUCUAAGCCUCCCAGUAAAGCAAUAAAAACAAUCAAGAAUCCCAGAAAAGUGCUCAAAAUAGCCCAUAUCAACAUAUGUAGCAAAAUAAACAAGGUUAAUGAAAUCGAUAACUUGCUAGCAACAGAAAGCGAUCAUAUACUGGCUAUCUCUGACACUCACUUAGGCAAUUCCUUUGAUACAGUGGUAGAAAUACAGUGGGGGAAAAAAGUAUUUAGUCAGCCACCAAUGGUCCAAGUUCUCCCACUUAAAAAGAUGAGAGGCCUGUAAUUUUCAUCAUAGGUACACGUCAACUAUGACAGACAAAAUGAGGAAAAAAAUCCAGAAAAUCACAUUGUAGGAUUUUUUAUGAUUUUAUUAGCAAAUUAUGGUGGAAAAUAAGUAUUUGGUCACCUACAAACAAGCAAGAUUUCUGGCUCUCACAGACCUGCAACUUCUUCUUUAAGAGGCUCCUCUGUCUUCCACUCGUUACCUGUAUUAAUGGCACCUGUUUGAACUUGUUAUCAGUAUAAAAGACACCUGUCCACAACCUCAAACAGUCACACUCCAAACUCCACUAUGGCCAAGACCAAAGAGCUGUCAAAGGACACCAGAAACAAAAUUGUAGACCUGCACCAGGCUGGGAAGACUGAAUCUGCAAUAGGUAAGCAGCUUGGUUUGAAGAAAUCAACUGUGGGAGCAAUUAUUAGGAAAUGGAAGACAUACAAGACCACUGAUAAUCUCCGGGCUCCACGCAAGAUCUCACCCCGUGGGGUCAAAAUGAUCACAAGAACAGUGAGCAAAAGUCCCAGAACCACACAGGGGGACCUAGUGAAUGACCUGCAGAGAGCUGGGACCAAAGUAACAAAGCCUACCAUCAGUAACACACUACGCCGCCAGGGACUCAAAUCCUGCAGUGCCAGACGUGUCCCCCUGCUUAAGCCAGUACAUGUCCAGGCCCGUCUGAAGUUUGCUAGAGUGCAUUUAGAUGAUCCAGAAGAGGAUUGGGAGAAUGUCAUAUAGUCAGAUGAAACCAAAAUAUAACUUUUUGAUAAAAACUCAACUUGUCGUUUUUGGAGGACAAAGAAUGCUGAGUUGCAUCCAAAGAACACCAUACCUACUGUGAAGCAUGGGGGUGGAAACAUCAUGCUUUGGGGCUGUUUUUCUGCAAAGGGACCAGGACGACUGAUCCGUGUAAAGGAAAGAAUGAAUGGGGCCAUGUAUCGUGAGAUUUUGAGUGAAAACCUCCUUCCAUCAGCAAGUGCAUUGAAGAUGAAACGUGGCUGGGUAUUUCAGCAUGACAAUGAUCCCAAACACACCGCCCGGGCAACGAAGGAGUGGCUUCGUAAGAAGCAUUUCAAGGUCCUGGAGUGGCCUAGCCAGUCUCCAGAUCUCAACCCCAUAGAAAAUCUUUGGAGGGAGUUGAAAGUCCGUGUUGCCCAGCGACAGCCCCAAAACAUCACUGCAUGGAGGAAUGGGCCAAAAUACCAGCAACAGUGUGUGAAAACCUUGUGAAGACUUACAGAAAACGUUUGACCUGUGUCAUUGCCAACAAAGGGUAUAUAACAAAGUAUUGAGAAACUUUUGUUAUUGACCAAAUACUUAUUUUCCACCAUAAUUUGCAAAUAAAAUCAUAAAAAAUAAGCAAACACGUUUGGUGUUCGUCAAAAGGCAUGUGGGAGACUCCCCAAACAUAUAGAGGAAGGUACUCUGGUCAGAUGAGACUAAAAUUGAGCUUUUUGGCCAUCAAGGAAAACGCUAUGUCAUCGGCAGGGACUGGGAAACUGGUCAGAAUUGAAGGAAUGAUGGAUGGCGCUAAAUACAGGGAAAGUCUUAAGGGAAACCUGUUUCAGUCUUCCAGAGAUUUGAGCCUGGGACAGAGGUUCACCUUCCAGCAGGACAAUGACCCUAAGCAUACUGCUAAAGCAACACUCGAGUGGUUUAAGGGGAAACAUUUAAAUAUCUUGGAAUAGCCUAGUCAAAGCCCAGACCACAAUCCAAUUGAGAAUCUGUGGUAUGACUUAAAGAUUGCUGUACACCAGCGGAACCCAUCCAACUUGAAGGAGCUGGAGCAGUUUUGCCUUAAAUUUUGCCAUAAAUCCCAGCUGUAAUUACUGCAAAAGGUGGCACUACAAAGCUAGAUGUGCCAAGCUUAUAGAGACAUACCCCAAGAGACUUGCAGCUGUAAUUACUAAAAAAGGUGGCUCUACAAAGGAUUGACUUUGGGGGGGAGGUGUGUGGUGAAUAGUUUUGCACUCAAGUUUUCUGUAUUUUGGUCUUAUUUCUUAUUUUUCACAAAUAAUAUUUUGAAGUUCAAAGUGGUAGGCAUGUUGUGUAAAUCAAAUGAUACAAACCCCCCCAAAAUCCAUUUAAAUUCCAGGUUGUAAGGCAACAAAAUAGGAAAAAUGCCAAGGGGGGUGAAUACUUUCGCAAGCCACUGUAUAUGUGAAAUGCUUGAUAAUGUAUUAUCAAUGUAUUAUUAACAGAGGUAUAUUUUCUGGGUGACUGGCUUUUAGCAUGUUGUCCACUCGAGGAAAAAGCUUCAAACUGUAACCAGUGCCUGCAACCUGGUUCAGGUUAUCAGUAUUGACCACAUCUUUACUAAUGCUGCAGAAAUCUACUCUAAAGCCAUAUCCACAUCCAUCAGAAUAUAAUAGCCAUUUCUAGGAAAAUCUAUGUUCCAAAGACUGGACCUAAAAUAGUGUGUAAGUGAUCAGACAAGAGGAUUACAGUGAUUCCGAUGUUGAAGAUGUGAAAAAUAUUUGUUGGUCUGAUGUGUGUAAUGAGGAACAUUCUGACGCUGCGCUAGAAGGAUUUAUGAAAUUGCUUCUUCCGGAUAUUGAUCGGUAUGCUCCCAUAAAGAAACAGACUGUUAAAACUGCCAAAUCCCCAUGGAUAGAUGAUGAAUUGAAAAACUAUGGCUGAGAGGGAUGAGGCUAAAGGAAUGGCAAGUCUGCAACACAGCAGAUUGGCAAACAUACAGUACAUUGAAAAUUACCUAACUUAACAAAAAUAAACUAUACUAUGGAACAAAGAGAAAUGUAAGGAAUAAUAGUAAAAAGCUCUUGAGUAACUUAAAUGAAAUUCUAGGCAGAAAAGCUCCAUCCUUCAACUCGGCGCCGUCCUUCAUAGAGGCAGAUCACCUUAACUUUCCUAAAAUGUCUGUUCAUCUUUAAUCGAUUUAACUGUGCCCAUCCCUAACACACCUUUUAUACAUAUUCUCUCUGUUUACUACAGGUCCCCCCCCCCCAAUAGGGAACCAUAUUCUCUCUGUUUACUACAGGUCUCCCCCCAAUAGGGAACCAUAUUCUCUCUGUUUACUACAGGUCUCUCUCUCCCCCCAAUAGGGAACCAUAUUCUCCCUGAUGAGGACCUGGCUGCCUUCCACUGGAGCCUUUUAGGACCAGAACACCCCCUGGCCUCACUCAAGGUAUAACCCCUUACCUCUAACCCUUCCAUUGGAGUCUGUUAGGACCUGUCUGACCUCUGACCCCUUACCUUUAACCCUUCCAUUGGAGUCUGUUAGGACCUGUCUGACCCCUUACCUCUAACCCUUACAUUGGAGUCUGUUAGGACCUGUCUGACCUCUGACCCCUUACCUCUAACCCUUCCAUUGGAGUCUGUUAGGCCUACGUCCCAUGGUCUUAGACCUCUGACCUCUGACCCCUUACCUCUAACCCUUCCAUUGGAGUCUGUUAGGACCUGUCUGACCUCUGACCCCUUACCUCUAACCCUUCCAUUGGAGUCUGUUAGGACCUGUCUGACCUCUGACCCCUGACCUCUAACCCUCUAGGUCCGUGCCCACCAGUUGGUCCUGCCUCCCUGUGAGGUGGUUAUCAAGGCGGUGUCAGAGUACGUCUCCUCCAUCAAACAUCUGGGGAACCUCGACGCUGUUGCCAGGGACGUCUUCAAACAAUCACAGGUACACAUUUAAAUACUUUUUUUGGAUCAAGAAAUCAAAUUACAGUCCAGAAGGAUUCAAAUGUGUAGAGCCUGUGGUCUAGUGCGAAUAUCCUUGCUCUAGACAAAUAUACUCCCCACCGGAGACCGGGGUUCAAUCCCCACCACCCCGUCGACGCCUCUGUGAUUUCGUAACUGUCUAAAUAAGAUGCAUGGACCCUUAUGGAAACAGAUGCACCUUGUUCUCCAUACAGCUAGACUGACCAUAACAGCUGAAACUGAGCAGUACCUUCUCCAUACAGCUAGACUGACCAUAACAGCUGAAACAGAGCAGCACCUUCUCCUCCAUACAGCUAGACUGACCAUAACAGCUGAAACAGAGCAGUACCUUCUCCUCCAUACAGCUAGACUGGCCAUAACAGCUGAAACAGAGCAGUACCUUCUCCAUACAGCUAGACUGACCAUAACAGCUGAAACAGAGCAGUACCUUCUCCUCCAUACAGCUAGACUGACCAUAACAGCUGAAACAGAGCAGUACCUUCUCCAUACAGCUAGACUGACCAUAACAGCUGAAACAGAGCAGCACCUUCUCCUCCAUACAGCUAGACUGACCAUAACAGCUGAAACAGAGCAGUACCUUCUCCUCCAUACAGCUAGACUGACCAUAACAGCUGAAACAGAGCAGUACCUUCUCCAUACAGCUAGACUGACCAUAACAGCUGAAACAGAGCAGUACCUUCUCCAUACAGCUAGACUGACCAUAACAGCUGAAACAGAGCAGUACCUUCUCCAUACAGCUAGACUGACCAUAACAGCUGAAACAGAGCAGUACCUUCUCCUCCAUACAGCUAGACUGACCAUAACAGCUGAAACAGAGCAGUACCUUCUCUCCAUACAGCUAGACUGACCAUAACAGCUGAAACAGAGCAGUACCUUCUCCAUACAGCUAGACUGACCAUAACAGCUGAAACAGAGCAGUACCUUCUCCAUACAGCUAGACUGACCAUAACAGCUGAAACAGAGCAGUACCUUCUCCAUACAGCUAGACUGACCAUAACAGCUGAAACAGAGCAGUACCUUCUCCAUACAGCUAGACUGACCAUAACAGCUGAAACAGAGCAGUACCUUCUCCUCCAUACAGCUAGACUGACCAUAACAUCUGAAACAGAGCAGUACCUCCUCCAUACAGCUAGACUGACCAUAACAGCUGAAACAGAGCAGUACCUUCUCCUCCAUACAGCUAGACUGACCAUAACAGCUGAAACAGAGCAGUACCUUCUCCUCCAUACAGCUAGACUGACCAUAACAGCUGAAACAGAGCAGUACCUUCUCCAUACAGCUAGACUGACCAUAACAGCUGAAACAGAGCAAGUACUCUGCUAGCUGAUUUGCCUUUGUCCUAUGCAGGCCUGCAAUCUAUAUGCCAUGUACCUUAAGCAUAGACUGCCAAAUAUCAGUUCCACUAGCUUACUAGCUAUCUGUCACCUCUCUUUCUCUCCCGUUCUCUCCCGUUCUCUCCCCGUUCUCUCCCGUUCUCUCUCUUUCUCUCCAGUCUCGUAUAGAGGAUAAAGUGGGACUUUUUAAGAAGGCUGUGGAAUAUUUCUCUGCUGCCUCUAAACCCCGCCCCCUCUCCAUGGGACCCUCCCCCUACCUUUGUGAGUAACUCUGCCAUUGGCUAAAGCCACCUUACUCAAACCUCUCCUCGGGGACCUCCAGCAGUUCCAUCCAGAGCUAGCACACGUGAUUCAACUUGUCAACUAAUCAUCAACCACCUGACUAGUUCAAUCAGGUGAGCUAGUCCCAACAACAUUGUGAGACGUCUGUGGGUCCUCGAGUAGAGGACUGAGAAGCACUGGGCUAAGGCACCUGCCAGUCAUAUCUACUGUUGUCAGAAAACAAGUGUUUUUCCUCUGUAAUCGUUAGGCUUGCUAAACUGGAUGUGUAAAUGUAUCUUUCUGUGUGUGAUGCCAGGGUUUGGUCCGACUCCUUUUGGCGGUCUUCCUGGCCACAUGGGGGCAAUGCAGCCUGGAAAGAACCAG